GCGGUCCAGGCGCUCGGUGGGGGCCCGGUCCCGCGGCCCGGUCCCGCGCUCUGCCUCCGUCGGGCCCGCCCCGCCGUGACUCAGUUUCCCGCGGGGUCCACGGAAUCCGGGCCGGUCUCUCCCGAGCCUCAUCUCCAUCUCCGCGCGGCAUCCGGGACACAGGUGUUCCCGGCCGGCCCUGGCAGCCCCCAUGGGGUGGUGACCUGUCUUGUCACCUGGUGUGGCGGUGGCAGCGGCGGCCGGGCUGGAGGCAGCCAUGUGGUCCAACGCCAGUCUGGGCCCGUGUUUCCGCCCCAUCAACUUCAACUUCACGCUGGAGGAGAGGCGUCUGAUCGCCUCCCCCUGGUUCCCGGCAUCCUUCUGCGUGGUGGGGCUGUCCUCGAACCUGGUGGCCCUGAGCGUCCUGGCCAGCUCCCACCAGGGCGGCCUGUGCCCCCGCUCCCCCUUCCUCACCUUCCUGUGCGGCCUGGUGCUCACCGACUUCCUGGGGCUGCUGGUGACGGGCGCCAUCGUGGUGUCUCAGCACGCGGCCCUGCUGGACUGGCGGGCCGGGGACCCCAGCUGCCACCUGUGCCACUUCAUGGGCGUGGCCAUGGUGUUCUUCGGCCUGUGCCCGCUGCUGCUGGGGGCGGCCAUGGCCUCCGAGCGCUUCCUGGGCAUCACGCGGCCUUUCUCCAGGCCGGCGGUGGCCUCGCCGCGCCGGGCCUGGGCCACGGUGGGCCUGGUGUGGGCGCUGGCCCUGGGCCUGGGGCUGCUCCCCUUGCUGGGCCUGGGCCGCUACACCGUGCAGUACCCCGGCUCCUGGUGCUUCCUCACGCUGGCCGCCCGGCCGGGCGACGCCGCCUUCGGCCUGCUCUUCGCCUGCCUCGGGGGCCUCUCGGUGGCCCUGUCCUUCCUGCUCAACACGGUCAGCGUGGCCACCCUGUGUCGCGUCUACCACGGCGGGGAGGCCGCCCAGCAGCGGCCCCGGGACUGCGAGGUGGAGAUGAUGGUCCAGCUCCUGGGUAUCAUGGUGGUGGCCUCCGUGUGCUGGCUGCCCUUGCUGGUCUUCAUCGGACACACGGUGCUGCGGACGCCGCCGGCCAUGAGCCCCGCGGGCCAGCUGUCGCAGGCCACCGAGCGCCAGCUGCUCAUCUACCUGCGCGUGGCCACGUGGAACCAGAUCCUGGACCCCUGGGUGUACAUCCUGUUCCGCCGCGCCGUGCUGCGCCGCCUGCACCCGCGCCUGAGCGCGCGCCCGCGGUCCCUGUCCCUGCGCCCCCGGCGGGCCUCGCGCCCCGCGGCCCUGGGUCCUCUGUGACCCCACCCCCCGCUGGACUCACGGGCUCGGGCCGGUCCCCGGCCGACCCACCCCAUCCCUCUCCGACAUCUCCCCCGCACC